UGUUUUCUAUAUACGCCUACUAAUAAAGGAGUGCGAAAAAUGACAUGAUUGAGGGAUUUGUGUGACUUUUUCUCUCUCCGAAAGAACAUUUUCGUUUGUUUGUUUUUUCUUUGGGAUAUGUGUUAGUGAUUGAAAUUAUGGAAUUUUGGGAUAUGGACGAUCGCAGAGAGAACAGACAUCGUAGUGGGCCAGGUCGCGGUUCGGACUUUGUUAGCGGCAUUGAUAACGAAGCCCUUGAUUUUUCUCAAUUGGAGGACUUUAUAAAUAGCGAAGGCUCCCAAAGUACGAACCCUUAUUUCAACGAAUCUCUCAAUUCGACUCCGCCUUCAGGCAAACUUCUCAAUGUUAUCGUCGAAAACAAACGAAAUAAUGCAGGGCAUUCUUUGCCCGAAAGCCCUCCUGAUAGCAGUUCAGAGCACCCUUAUAGCCCUCAAGAAGGCUGUGAGCCUUCAAUGAACCCUUCUGAGACUCUCUACACGACUUUGGGUCCCAAUAUCUACAAACCGGGCUCGAUAAUUGGUCCCAUGCUAAGCGAUAAUUUAAUUUUGGGCUCACACAUCGUAGUAGCCGAGCAAAACGGGGAUCAGUUGAUCGAAAACGGGAAUAUUCUACAGGAUGGCAGGAUUAUGCAAGAUGCGGGAUUGAUGAUCCCUGAAGAUAAUAGACAGAUUCUGUUGACUAAUGGGGAUUCGAAUCAAAAUUUCACGGAUAGAGGGAUGUAUAAAGGUGAUGAGAACCAUUUGGUACAUUUGGGCUAUAGCCCUGCUAUUGAAAAUAAUUUAUGUGAGCCCAAUUUGGACAACAUACAAACGGUUUACACGAAUUUGCAAAGUGCCCCCAAAAAAAGAAAAUUAUCACAAGAUUCGCCUUUAGUCAAAAGCGAACCAGAACAUUGCUCAACAAGUCAAUUGAGCCCCCCUGGCCCCCUUUCAACGCCACUAGAUGAAGAAUAUGCAUCGUCUGAAGCUUGCCUUUCCGAAUCACAGUAUCAAUGUAUCAGAUUUAGUCCGUUUCAGCAGCCACAAUGGCACGCACUCUGCGAUCAAAGUUUAACAGAAUUGCCAGUACCGCAUUAUAGGGUCGAUGCCGAUAAAGGAUUCAAUUUUUCAAAUGCAGACGAUGCGUUUGUAUGUCAGAAAAAGAACCAUUUUCAGAUAACUUGCCACGUCCAAUUAUUGGGUGACGCACAAUUUGUUAAAACUUCCGACGGAUUCCAAAAGAUCUCAAGCUUCCAUCUUCACUUUUAUGGUGUCAAACACGACUGUCCAACUCAAACGAUACGAGUUGAGCAGAGUCAAAGUGAUAGGAGCAAAAAACCAUUUCAUCCAGUUUUGGUCGAACUUGUAAAUUCACAAGUGACGAAGGUCACUGUUGGCCGAUUACAUUUCAGCGAAACUACAUCUAAUAACAUGCGAAAGAAGGGCAAACCGAACCCAGAACAGCGAUAUUUUCAGUUGGUUGUAGGUCUACACGCACAUACAACUAACGGUAAUUUCCCGGUUAUAAGUCACGCGAGUCAAAAAAUAAUCGUCAGGGCGUCAAAUCCUGGCCAAUUUGAAAGCGACGUCGAAUUGUGUUGGCAAAAAGGUCAGACGCAAGAGGACUCAAUUUUUCAUAAUGGUAAAGUCGGCAUCAAUACUGACCGACCGGACGAAUCAUUGGUCGUUCACGGGAAUAUUAAAGUGACCGGACAUAUUAUUCAACCAAGUGAUAUAAGAGCAAAGAAAAAUAUCGUCGAAUGUGACACUGCUGAGCAAUUACGAAACGUUCAAAAACUGAGAGUCGUCAGGUAUGACUAUGAGCCAUCUUUCGCAUCCCAAUUAAGUCGUGACUCCCAAAACUCGGAUACCGGUGUAAUAGCCCAAGAGGUGGCUAAAAUCCUCCCGGAAGCGGUCAGACCGGCUGGUGAUCUCGUCUUGAAAAACGGCCAAUCCAUUGACAAUUUUUUGGUAGUCAACAAAGAACGUAUUUUUAUGGAAAAUAUCGGUGCUGUCAAGGAAUUAUGUAAAGUAACUGAUAAUUUGGAAACUCGAAUCGAUCAAUUGGAACGAAUAAAUCGUCGAUUAAAUAAACUGAAACGUGGUGAUAGUCUCAAAUCGACUAGUACAGUAAGCAGCUUAAAACAUUCCUAUUCGCAAAAAUGUUCUAAACAUCAUUGUGACCGUGACGAUGAACUAUGUUCGAAUAAAUUUAUCCAAAUUAUUAUCGUCAUUCUGGUCCUCAUAAUGGCAUUUUGUUUGGCCGCUAUCACAACUCUGUACCUGAUGGAAGCAUCACGACACAACCAAUUCGCCCAUACAAACCUCCAACAAACCCAUCGAUCCAUCGUAACAAAAAGACAAAUGAAAGUGCCGAAAAAUCACCAGUCACGACACACUGCGACCGAAUAUCACAAAACGAAUAAUUAUAAAGACGAUGAUGUCACACGAAUCACCAUAGAUCCGAGUUUGACAAAACGGCCUUCGGCUAUCAUCGGUCGACCCCCCGAUUGUCUAUCGAUAGAUCAAGAUCUUGAAAGUAGUCAUCUUUGUCAGAUUUAUUGUUGCGCAGCAACCCAACCGGUAAUUCCCCCACCGGAAUCUCCAAAUUCCAUCUACGGUGACAAAUCCACCAAUCGAACAGUGUUGAAUCUUGAACAAGCGAAAUUAGCCACGCCCUUUCACUCGACGACUAAUGAGAUUGACAAGCGACAAAAACGUGAUGCUUAUGAUUUGACAGGCGAGAUAAGCUCAUUUGACAUGCCAGAUGACCAGAUUUUCCUGAUUAUCGUUCAAGGUCGUAACUUUAAUACUACCUUGACUCAUAAAUAUCUGAUAGCUCAGCCUGAACCUCACAAUUAUUCCUAUUCCGUUCCUAUAUCGAAAUAUAUGCCAGACGAGUUCAUCAAUCUCAUAUUUAGAUCGACUCAAGACACGAUUAAGGAAGUCGAAUAUUGCAAUAACAAUUACAAAGAACGCGGAUGUUCAUUCGAAAAGCCACAAACAAGGCAUAAAGUCAAUGAGCACAGUCCAAGUCAGUUGAUAAGUACUCAAAGUGUCAUUUUUGAAGUCAAUAUGGCCGACUUUCAGUCAAAAAUUAUGACGUACAGGGCGUCAAGUCGCGCCAAUCAGAAUACGUGUAAAUUGAGCAACUCGGAUGAAUUUAUCGAAUAUAAUUUCCAUUUCUACCGGCACUGUGAUGAAUAAACGAUACGUACUACUCAGCAAAAAAGGAAAGUAAGAACAAGAAAUGCAUGACAUUUAUUUAUUUACGUUUUUUUUUUAAAUAUUAUAUUUUUUUAAUUGUUUUAUCAAAGUGUUCGAUGUUACUACAGCAUCACCUAGUUGUAGAAGUUGUACCUGUAUCUGAAAGAUUUGAACACUUUUCUAGAUAGUGUGUAUAAUGAAAAAGCACCAAAAAAAUAUUGUAGCGUUUUUAGUGGAUUAUUAUGACUCUCAUCAUGUACUUAAUUUUUCUUGUCCGUCCAAUAAAUUGUAUAAUGUGUAGAUUAGACUUUUAUCGUAUUGUAAAAUAUUUUCUUUCUCUCUCUCUCUUGUUUGACAUUAAGACAAUUUUUUAUUAUUUUAUAGAGUUAUAAAAUAUAAAUGAACAAAUAGUUUUAGCAUAAAUAUGAUGUAUUAUUGCAAUAUUGUUUUAUUUUUUUGUGAUUGUGUAAAAUAAAUUGUUUUUUUUUUUAUUUA